GACAUUCUUGAACAACAUGCUACGACGGAUUGGACGUGUUCAACCGGCCCUUGUGGUCCGCAAUGCGACCAGCGCCAGGGCGCUGCAAACAAGUGUACCAUCGCCCUCAGACGUCACAAGUACAUCCACGCCGCCCACCACCGCCUCCAAAGCUCCCCAAUCCUUCCGCCCAAGCGUUUACCCUCGCAUUCGAGACUUACUCCGAGAUGGCGCUUAUGAAUCGCCGCAAACCCUUCAGCAAACGACCGAUCAGCUUGAGGGUAUCCGACGUGCACAGGAAGCUGUGGCGCAAGGUCGCUAUGCGGUCCUUCAACCAAACUCGACAUCCAAACGUCCGAAGAAGCCUCACCAAGCUUUCCUUGCGCGGCUGAGGGAGGAUGGUGGUGACAAGAUUGUCAGUUUCCGGAAAAACUUUUUGCACACGGAGUACACACGAUUCGUUACCCUGUGCGAUCAGGUCAAAGGUUUGACUCUGGAUCAGGCCUUGCUCCAGAUACGAUGGUUGAGAAAGCCAAUCACCAAAAAGAUGGAGGAAGCUUUAAAGGAGGCAAUUGUGAAAGCAAAGGAGCAGGGCCUCGACUUGAAGAAAACAUUUGUGGCUGAUGCAUACGUAAAGGAGAACGCUGCAAUUCUCCAAUCCCAACUCGUCAAGCGCUAUCUUCGUGGCCGUGGCCGUUACGGCGCGACUCCUCAUCCUGUGACGGCACUCUUGGAAAUUACACUCCAAGAGCGAGAAAAGCCUUUCAGCAUCCGUGACAGUGACCCAUUGGAAUGGCUGCGAGAACGGCUGAGGGACCGCCAACGACCGUUUGUGAAGAGUGCGGAGGAGGUGUACAAUGAUGUGAGAAGCAAAAGACCCAUUAAGCAAGUGUUUUGUUAACAUGGCGGGAGGAGAGGAAACAGGUCGUGUGCAUUACCAUUAAUAGCAAGCAAUAGCUCUGUUUCAUCAAGCAACAAGGAAGGUGCUUACAAUGCAUGUUCAAAUUCAAUUGGUGGACUGGAGAACAUCGAUUGUAUUGUCAAUAUUAUUAGACAGAUGAUAUUUAUCUACAAAACAUUUAUGUAACAGAUACAUGCAAAAAAAAACUACUGAAUGAGGUC